UCCUCCGUCUCCGUACGUGGACCAACGCUUCCGAUCCCAUCAUGACAAGCAUGCCAAUGUCGGCGCUGCUGUCCGCCCUGCGCGGCGCCGGCCGGCAGCACCUCACCGCGUCCACGGUCGCCGCGAGGCAGGCCAUCACCGGCUCCCACGUCCUCCGCGUCCACGGCUACAACAAGGUCCUCCGGAAGAAAGUCCCCAACGGCCACUUCUUCGAGUCGGCCCCGUUCGGCGCCGGCGGCCACACCUGGAAGGUCGUCUGCUACCCGAACGGCUCCGACAGGGACCACGCCGGCUACACGUCCCUCUUCCUCAAAAGCCUCCGCCCCCACGACGACCCGUUCGUCUUCGACGCCACCACGGCGCGGCUCCAGGCCAGCGUGCUCGACCGCGACGGGAAGCCGUGGCGCACCCAGACCGCGGAACACCGCAGCUUCUUGGGCUACGAGGCCUGGGGCUGGAAGGACUUCGUCAAGAACGACGAUCUCGACCUCGUCGACGACUGCCUCACCGUCCUCUGCGACGUCACCGUCGACGACCUUCCCUUGCACGCCGAGGAGGUCGUCACUGCCGCCGCCGCCACGCCCCCACCGGAACCUACGGCCUCAGCACUGCCGCCAAGCUUCGACGGGCACGGGUGGUUCCCGGAGGCCAUAUGGAGCGACAUGCCGACGGACGACAUGGUCACGAUACACGUCGGCGGGAAAAGUUUCCCUGCGCACCGGUUUCUGCUUGAGGCCCACUCCCCCGUCUUGAAGUUGGCCCUUCAGAACGUUACAUCCAGCCAACUCCACAUCGCCGGCGGCCUGGCCCUGGACGCGGAGGUGUUCGAGGCCAUGCUCCAGUACAUGAACAAUUACAGCCCUUCUUGUAGCGAGAAGAUCAAGGUGGAGCCGACGAUAGCGGACCGGCUGCUGGUGGCGGCCGACAAGUACGGGCUCGAGAAGCUGAAGCUCGCGUGCGGGGAGGCCCUGUGCCCGCGCGUCGACAUGGGCUCCGUGGCCGCCAUGCUCACGCUGGCGGAGCGGCAUGGCUGCCCCGUGCUCAAGGACGCGUGCAUCCAGUUUUUGUCUCGUGCUGGUAAUCUGGGAUCGUUCGCUUCCACGGAUGGUUUUCAGCGGCUGAUGAAAGAUUGCCCGUCUGCUGCGGAGGAGAUCGCUGAUAUCGCCGUGAAGCAGUAUGCAUAA